AUGGCUACCUACGGAAAAAUUGGAGAGUUUGAUCCGGCAACGGAACUCUGGAACAAUUACAUCGAGAGAGUGAAUCAGUUCUACAUAGCAAAUGACAUUGCAGAUGCCACCAAGAAGAGAGCAAUCCUGCUGAGCUCAUGUGGAGCCAAAGCCUACCAGCUGUUGAGAGGUUUGUCAAAUAACGAUCCUGCUUCCAAAUCUUAUGACCAGCUAGUACAAUUAAUGAAAGAUCAUUUAUAUCCCACUCCCAAUUCGAUAGCUGAGAGAUUCAAAUUCAACACUCGUGAUAGGCAACCUUCUGAAACAAUUUCCCAGUACUUGGCAGUUUUGCGUCGACUCAGUGAACAUUGUGAGUAUGGAGAAACACUGGACGACAUGUUAAGAGAUAGACUUGUUUGUGGUAUUAAGGAGGAAAAAAUACAACAAAAGCUCCUGAGUGAGAAAGACCUCACCUUAGCCAAAGCCCUACGAAUUGCAUGUUCUAUGGAAUCAGCAGCAAGCUACUCCAAAAGCAUUCUCCAACAUCAAGCGACAGGCAACAUUUCAGAGAGUGUCCACGCUUUGGAGAGAGCCCGAGACAACCCAGGGAGGGAUUGCUAUCGAUGUGGAGGGACAAAACAUACAGCAGAGGCAUGUCCAUUCAAGGAUGCUGAAUGUUAUUAUUGCCACAAAAAAGGACACACCGUUGAAAAAUGUCGUCAAAAGAAACGAAAUGAUGAGAAAUCCAGACCACCCCGGAAACCAAUAAACCAACUGGAGUCCGAACAUGAAGGAAAUGUCUACAAAGAAACUGUUGAACAGUCCGAUAUGUUUAACCUGUAUAAAUUAGAAGGGAGCAGAGUUGAACCGCUUUUUGUAAAUGUCAGUAUUGAAGGAAAAACCAUCAAGAAGGAGGUCGAUACCGGUGCAUCGAUGUCGGUGAUAAGUGAAAAAACAUUACGGAAAUGCAUUCCAGAGUUGACCAUCCAGCCUAGUAACUUAAAGUUAAAAACUUUUACAGGGGAAAUCAUAACACCCUUGGGAUCAGCUGCUGUAAACGUUGAACACCAAAAACAGAAAUACACACUGUCAUUGACUAUCGUACCCGGGGAAUCUCCUUCAUUGUUAGGUCGAGAUUGGCUAAAAGUAAUCAAGUUAGAUUGGCCCAGUUUGUUCCAAGUCAAGCAUUCUAGCAAUACCAAUCUACAGCAAAUAUUAGUACAGCAUGCCGCCGUGUUUACGGAAAGUAUGGGAUUGCUGAAGGACUUUAGAGUCCAUAUUCCUGUGGACUCCUCUGUCGCACCAAAGUUUUGCAAAGCACGACCAGUCCCGUAUGCCUUAAAAGACAGGAUCGACACUGAACUUGAUAGACUUGUACAAGAUGGCAUAUAUGAACCAGUUGAAUAUUCAAGAUGGGCAGCCCCUAUCGUACCGGGGGUGAAAAGUUCACAAAGCUGGAUUUGA